AUGGCUAUUCUGGUUUGCAAAGUUGCUGCUUUGGGUUCAAGAUUCAAGAUUCUGGUGGGAACCUCAAAACGCGUUUGCUGUUCCAGCAAAGAGCCGCACAGGAAGAAGGGACUUCCACGCAUUGUGCAUGGACGGGAUGCCGGACAGUGCGUUUGGAGGUGGCAGGUCAGUCUGCGAUCCAAGCACGAUCCAAAAAUUGCUGUCCCAUUUUGUGGUGGAACGCUCAUUGCGCCCGGAUGGAUCCUGACAGCAGCGCACUGCUUGACGAGAAUGAACGUGUGUAAAAUGAGGAGAAUACGGGUGGUUGCGGGAGACUGGAAGCAAUUUUCGAAUGAGGAAGCUGCAAGUGGCAUGUCUGUGGAACGGCGAGUUCGACAGAUUUUCACCCAUCCGUUGUAUAGCAAGGAGGCAUCCUCUGACUUUGAUUUUGCGCUCUUGGAGUUGGACAAAGAGAUGCCGAUGAGCGACUGCAUCGGUGUGGCCUGCUUGCCGACCAGCGCUGACAAGCCUGGCAUGGAGUGCAAUAUCACUGGGCCCACUCCAGAGGUGCUGCAGGAAGCAUCCGUGGGAGUCUUAGAUGUUCGAAGCGACGGAUUCGAAGAAUUGGGCGACGAUUUGGUGCAAUUGGUUGACAACAAUGACUGUGAACGCUACUAUGCCGAGUCCAAUGAAACCAUCACGGCUGCUAUGGUUUGCGCCAACGGUAUUUCUGAAGCAGGAAUUACCGACACCUGUCAGGGUGAUAGUGGCGGCCCUUUGAUUUGUGAAGAAUCGGGUCGUUUUGUGCUUCGGGGUGUUACAUCCUGGGGAGAUGGAUGCGGAUUAGCACACUUUCCGGGUGUUUAUGCCCGUGUCACUUCCGCCCUUGAUUGGAUUCACAAUGUCAUGGAGGGCCUGAUUCGUUCAGAUCUAGACACCGAUACAGCGGAUUUUGGGGGAGCCAUGUGGACAGUUCUUCAAGGCCCCUGCACAAUGGACGAUUCAGAUUGCAUUCUGAGUCCCAAUUUCCCUGGAAACUAUUCUGCCAAGCAAGCUUGCAUCAUUGCGGUCAACGUAACAGCAGCAGUGGCAAUCCAGGUGCAAAGCUUCUCCACAGAAGAAGCUUAUGACUCGCUGCUUGUGAAUUGCAAGACCUACUCUGGAAAAGAGGGGCCGCAGGGAAUUACACCAGACACCAACAUCUACUGGCUCUCAGAUCAUAGCAUCAACGCCGCAGGUUGGAAGAUAUGCCCCUUGUAUGACUAA